AUGACGCAUAAACUCAAUAAUAAACCUUCACACAAGGUCAAAUAUAAAAAUAUAAUUAUAAGUAUUAUUGACUUUUGUCAUCCGAUAAACUUCCAAGAAUAUCCAGCAACGCCGGACACUGUUGGCCAAGAGGAAUAUCCGGACACUGAUGGCCAAGAGGAAUAUCCGGCCCGGCCUGCUGUUGAAGAUUCGGCCAAUUCAGCAAAUGUCGAUUUCGAAAAUAUUUAA